AUGCGGGAUCGGACCGGAACAACAGAUAAUCCGGCUCGCAUCUGCUGCCAAGAGGGCCGUUCGGAGCUUUUAGCUUUUAGCUUUAGCAAAAUGGAGCCUGCACUGGAUCUCAUCCCCCGCCCCCCUCCUCUUCUACUGCAAGUAAAUGGUACAGUUCUUCCGGAUACUGGAAUCACCACUUAUGCUCUUUGA